AUGGUAUCAUUUUUUAAGAGACCAAUAUGUAUUUUAAUUUUAUUUCUAUGCUUAAAUGAAAAGAUAAAAUGUUCUAUAAACCAUAAUGAAAACUUAGAUGAAAAUUUAAUUUUAUUGAACAAUGCCAACAAUGACAAUAUUGAUCAACUAAAAUCUAUGAUUGGAAAUGAUGAAUUACAAAAAAACUUAACUACAUUAGAAAAGCUCAUAUUAGAAUCCUUAGAAAAGGAUAAAUUGAAGUUUCCCUUAGUAAACCCUGAAACAGAAACUCAUUUGGAUAUAACAAAAUUUAAGAAGAAAUCAAUAUCUGACGCAGAUGAUAAAACAUAUGUUAUUCCUACAUUAGGAUGUGAUUUUUAUAAUAUAACAAAAUAUGAAAAAAUUUUAAGACAUCAAUUGAUAGAAGCAUAUCAUUCAGACAUCUCAGAUUCGAUUAAAAGGAAAUUACUUAUUGUGAGAACAUUGAAAACCAUAAAACUUAUGCUGAUACCAUUAAAUUCUUAUAAGGAAAAAAAUGAUUUAAAAUAUGCACUUGAUGAAUUAAAUAAUGUAUUUAUUCACAAACCAUCAAAAACAGACACAAAAAGUCCAAUAGAGGAUCAUGAACAAUUUUUCACAAAUUUACUAACUCAUGUGAAAGAUAUUAAAGAAACAGAAUAUAUAGAGAAUAAAGGUGAGUACAUAAUACUAGCAGAUGAUAAAAUGGAAGUAAUGAGUACAAAAGAUUUCUUCUUUACAACUGAUAGUGAUAUAAAAUUUAUGGAAGAAUUAGAUAGUUUAUCAAAUCAAUAUGGAUUAGGUUUAAUUAGUCAACUUGGUCCUCAUCUUAUAGCCUUAGGACACUUUACAGUACUAAAAUUGGCUCUUAAAAAUUAUAAAAAUUAUUUUGAAGCAAAAGCUACAAAAUUUUUCAGUUGGCAAAAAAUUUUAGAAUUCUCCAUGUCUGAUCGAUUUAAAGUUCUUGAUAUGAUGUGUGAUCAUGACUCUGUAUAUUACUCAGAAAAAAAACGUAGAAAAACGUACUUAAAAGUAGACAGAUCGAAUACCUCUAUGGAAUGUAAUAUAUUGGAAUAUCUAAUACAUUAUUUUAAUAAAUAUCAGUUAGAAAUAAUUAAAACAACUCAAGACACUGAUUUUGAUUUACAUGGUAUGAUGGAACAUAAAUAUAUAAAAGAUUAUUUCUUUUCCUUUAUGUGUAAUGAUCCUAAAGAAUGUAUUAUUUAUCAUACAAAUCAAUUUAAAAAAGAAGCAAACGAAGAAAACACGUUUCCUGAACAAGAAGAACCAAAUCGUGAAAUGAGUGCAUAUAAUUUAUAUUUAAAUUAUUAUUAUUUCAUGAAACGUUAUAGUUCCUAUGGAACAAAAAAAACAUUAUAUGUCCAUUUAUUAAAUUUAACUGGACUUUUAAAUUAUGAUACAAGAGCGUACGUCACAUCACUCUAUUUACCAGGAUAUUACAACGCUGUCGAAAUGUCAUUUACGGAUGAUAAAGAGUUUUCAACCCUUUUUGAAAACUUAAUACAAUGUAUUGAAAAAUGCCAUUCAGACCAAUCAAACCAAUUGUCGAAAGAUAGUAAUUUCCUUAAUGAUUUAACAAAAUGUGAUUUGUGUAAAGGAGCUUUCUUAUAUUCCAACAUGAAAUUUGAUGAAAUUCCUUCGAUGGUACAAAAAUUUUACGUAUAUUUAACUAAAGGGCUCAAAAUACAAAAAGUAUCAUCACUAAUCAGAACAUUAGAUGUCUAUCAAGAUUAUAGUAAUUUCUUAUCUCAUGAUAUUAAUUGGUACACAUUCCUAUUUUUAUUUAGAAUUACAAGUUUUAAGGAUAUUGCUAACAAAAAUGUGGCUGAAGCAAUGUAUUUAAAUAUAAAAGAUGAAGAUACGUUCAACAGAACCGUCGUAACCAACUAUUGGUUCCCUUCCCCUAUAAAAAAAUAUUAUACUUUAUAUGUUAGGAAACACAUUCCAAACAAUUUAGUAGAUGAAUUGGAAAAAUUAAUGAAAGUUGGAACGUUAGAAAAAAUGAAAAAAGCUCUGACGUUUCUGGUCCAUGUCAACUCGUUUCUCCAACUAGAUUUUUUUCAUCAAUUGAAUGAACCGCCUCUAGGAUUACCAAGAUCUUAUCCUUUAUCGUUAAUUCUCGAACACAAAUUUAAAGAUUGGAUGAUUAGUUCGCCCGCAGGGUUUUAUUUUUCCAAUUAUCAUAAUCCAUAUAUUAGAAAAGAUUUGCACGAUAAAGUGUUAUCACAGAAAUUUGAACCUCCUAAAAUGAAUCAGUGGAACAAAGUUUUGAAAUCGUUAAUCGAAUGUGCAUAUGAUAUGUAUUUUGAUCAACGACAUGUGAAAAAUUUAUAUAAAUAUCAUAAUAUUUAUAAUAUCAAUAAUAAAUUAAUGUUAAUGCGAGACUCCAUGGAUUUGUACAAAACCCAUUUUGACGACGUGCUAUUUUUUGCAGAUAUAUUUAAUAUGAAAAAAUAUAUGACUGCUACACCAACAUAUAAAAAAGUAAAAGACAGAGUCUACCAUACUUUGCAUAGCAUUAUGGGAAAUUCAGUCAAUUUUUAUAAAUAUGGUAUUAUUUAUGGAUUUAAAGUAAAUAAAGACAUAUUGAAAGAAGUGGUGGACGAACUAUUUUCUAUCUAUAAUUUUAACACAGAUAUAUUUUCAGAUACAUCUUUUUUACAAACCGUUUAUUUAUUAUUUAGAAGAAUAGAAGAAACGUACAGGACACAACGAAGAAACGACAAAAUGAGUGUUAACAACGUUUUUUUCAUGAAUGUGGCAAAUAAUUAUUCGAAAUUAAACAAAGAAGAACGUGAAAUAGAAAUCCAUAAUUCUAUGGCAUCGCGCUAUUAUGCUAAAACAAUGUUUGCAGCAUUUCAAAUGUUAUUUUCAACCAUGUUAAGUAAUAAUGUAGAUAAUCUUGAUAAAGCAUAUGGAUUAAGUGAAAAUAUCCAGGUAGCAACAAGUACCUCCGCUUUUCUUACAUUUGCAUAUGUCUAUAACGGAAGUAUUAUGGAUAGUAUGACUAACAGUUUAUUGCCACCAUAUGCGAAAAAACCUAUCACACAAUUAAAAUAUGGGAAAACGUUCGUUUUCUCCAACUAUUUUAUGCUAGCAUCAAAAAUGUACGAUAUGUUAAAUUAUAAAAAUUUAAGUCUUUUAUGUGAAUAUCAAGCAGUGGCAAGUGCGAAUUUUUACUCUGCAAAAAAAGUAGGUCAAUUUAUUGGAAGAAAAUUUUUACCCAUCACUACCUAUUUUCUAUAUGUCAGACUUAAUGCAUCAAUUGGAUGGGUACAUGGUAAAGAAUGCACAUCUACUGAUCAUGCUUCAAAACAUCCUAAAGGUAAUGAAUCAGGUUGUACUAAAGUAGAUGCUUCCCCCCACAGUUUUUUCUUUAAUGACUAUAUGGCACCUGAAGGAGCACGAUAUUUAUUUUUUUAUUUUUUCACGAAUUUAUACCUGGAUGCAGGAAAACAUUUUCCUGGAGGGUUUGGUCCUGCAAUAAAGGAACAAACACAACAUGUGAAAGAACACACGUACGAACGUAAACCUUCCGUUCAUAGUUUUAAUAGAAAUUUUUUCAUGGAACUGACGAACGGGUUCAUGUACGCUUUUUGUUUUUUCGCUGUUUUUCCUCUAUAUGCAUAUUUUGAAAAUAUUAAUUUUUAUAUUACGAGCAAUUUCCGUUUCCUGGAUAGAUAUUAUGGAGUAUUCAAUAAAUAUUUAAUAAAUUUUGUAAGAACAAAACUUAAAGAAUAUACAAGUGAUAUUCUAAUAAAAUACGAACGUGAAGCAUACUUAAGUAUGAAAAAAUAUGGGUAUUUGGGUGAAGUUAUUGCUUCUAGAAUUUCGUCUAAAGAUAAAAUAAUGAAUUAUUUGCACGACACUAACGAGGAGACCAUGAAUAAUUUAAGAAGAUAUGAUAUGGAAAAUGCGUUCAAAAACAAAAUGGUUACUUAUGUGGACGAUUUUGCUUUUUUUGACGAUUGUGGCAAAAACGAACAAUUUUUGAACGAAAGAUGUGAUUAUUGUCCUGUGAUUGAAGAAGUGGAAGAAACACAACUACAACCACAAUUACUAUCAUAUACUGAUGAGACCACGAAUGUAUCAAAACAAAGUAGUACCUAUAUUGAUAUUGAAAAAUUAAAUGAAGUGGAUUCGGCAGAUAGUGAUGAUGAUGAAAAAGAGUUCAACGAUCCAGACGACGAAUUAAUGAUAGCACGAUUUCACUAA